AUGUUGAGGGAAGAUAACGAGAUUGAUUUUAUACAGAACAUUAGUCCGGACGUGUCGACGUUGUUAAUAGGACAAGAGUGCCUGAAAAAAGGCCUGAGAAUAGAUGGAAGGUCGCUGGAUUCUCACCGCCACGUGAGUAUAGAGUUCAACGGAUCACCAGGAAGCGUAACAAUAUCGUUCGGAAAUACAGUAGUGUUUUGCUGCAUAUCGCAAGAAAUAGUAGAGCCGAAUUUUGAAAGACCAAACGAAGGAUUUCUCUACUUUAAUGUGGAACUCUCACCAUUCACGUCGGAAAACUAUGAUCCAGGAAAAACCUCAGACUCGGAGAAUAACUUAAUAUAUUUCCUUGAAAAUAUAUUUAAGGAGUCGUCAUUUUUGGAUCUAGAAACGCUGUGCGUAAAGAGCGGAAAGGAGGUGUGGGCGUUAAGAGUAUAUGUGCACGUGCUACAAGACGAUGGAAACCUCCUAGGAGCGUGCUCGUUCGCAGCACUGGCAUCACUAUCGCAAUAUCGCAAACCAAACCUACAGGAAUCAGAAGAGUUCACAUACUCGUCCUACAUGUUGUGGCACAAAGGAGUACCACUCAGCAUAUACAAUAUGCCAAUAAUGAUGACAGUGUCAAUAAUGGAAGGACAAGACCAAUACGUUCUCGACGCAAACGCAUUCGAAGAAAAAAUAUUAAACACACAAAUAUCGAUACUAUAUAACCAAUUUGGAGAAGUGUUUUGGACAUAUAAAUACGGGUCGACGCCAGUGGGAUUGGAAACAUUCGAAGGAGCAGUCUCGGUCUCAAAAAACAAAGCAAUAAAACUAUACUCGCUUCUGAAACAUGAACUUGAAAAAAAUAGUGAAAUGUUGAAGAGUCUACUGAUGUGUAUCCAGUCACAGUAA